AUGGAGGAGAAGUUGAAAACUCUACGAAAAACUCUCUCAAAUAAGGAAAAGCUGAUAAGGAAAAGGUUACACAUGGUCACCACGUUGACAAUGGAGGGUCUGGCGAGUCACGAAAUAAAAGGGCAUUUAGAACUUGCAGAAAGUGCAUUUACAAUGUAUGCAAAUUCACACGAUGAGCUGUCCUUGUUGGUCGAGGUCAACUCUGAGGUUGAUUUUAUGACUGACGCCUUGGGAGAGGUAUCUCGGACGUUCAUUAAAAUCAAGGGGAUUUUGCAAAGUACAUUAGACUUAAGGCAAACUACACAGGAACCUCAAAACGAAAAUACACUUAGUGAACAAGGGCAACAAUCCAUCAGGUUACCUCCCAUGAGCCUGCCUUCAUUCACAGGAAUAUUGGAAGAUUGGUAUGCUUUCAAUGACCAAUUUGCAUCUCAAUUAUCUGGAGGCUUGGUCUUUGUUGACAAACCGUUUGAUAAUGAACGUCUUAUUCUACAAGUAUACUUAAAACAUUUGUUCAAUCAACCACACAUUCAGAGUGAAGCUGUUAGUUCUUUGAAGGCGUUGGUUGAUACAACAAAUAAACAUCUUAGAGCAUUAAAAGUAUUAAAACAACCCACUGAGUCUUUGAAUACAAUUGUAAUUUACCUUAUAUCAUCCCGUUUACCAAAUGAACUCAGAAAAGUAUGGGAAAUUGAAUCAUCUGCCUAUGAGUUUUCAUCUUGGUCACAAAUGUGUAAAUUUAUGGAUAAAAGAAUACACGUGUUAGAUUUAUUACAACUACAAUCAUCCAGUACACCCAGAUCUAAGUUUACCAACAAAUGCAACAGUCAAGCAACAACUCAUGCUGUGACUAUAGCACAAGGUAAUAAGCAGCCAUGCAAUAUUUGUUCACAGCAUCAUAUUAUUUAUCAGUGUAAUUUAUUUAUGAAGUCAACAGCGAUUGAGCGACAUGCAUUGGCUAAGAAGGCCAAAUUGUGUAUAAAUUGUCUACUGGCCUCACAUUCUUCCAGUCAAUGCUCAUCUGAUAAAACAUGUAAAGAAUGUGAUCGUAAACACCAUACAUUUCUACACUUUGGCAACUCUAAGGGCGAAAAAAAUACUUCUGAAAUGCCCACGUUUACUAUCAAUACACAACCAUCGACAUCUAGUGGAAUAGACACUGUGGCAGUUAAUCAUGGUGCCUUAAGAGAAAAGUCAACUGUCAUAUUAUCAACAGCAGUGGUGCGCGUACACGGACCAAGUGGACGGUCAGAACUAUGCCGUGCAUUAAUAAACACUGCAUCAGAAUCACAUUUUAUUACUAAAGCCUUAGCAGGUCGGUUAGGUUUAAAAACAUUGCAUCAGCCAAUGAUAAUUGAUGGUGUAUCAAAUGCUUCUACAACCACAUCUCAAGUUUCAAUGUUAAAUAUUUCUCCUAGGACGAAUGGUAAACAAAUGACGUUAACUGCCUUAGUGUCUCCUAAGAUAACUGUUGAUCUACCCACUGUAGCCGUGGAUGUUUCACAGUGGACUCAUUUAGAACAGGUUGAGUUAGCAGAUCCAACAUUCCAUGUGCCCAACAAAAUCGACUUACUCAUAAGUGCUGAAUACAGUCUGGAUAUAAUGUUAGAUGGUAAAAUACAAGGACCCAAAGGUACGCCGUCGUUACACAACUCUAUCUUUGGGUGGAUAGUAUGUGGAAAAUUAUCUAAACCUCACAAUGAACUGUCAAUGUUUAAGUCGGUCACGUGUUGUACCACUACAGUUGAAUCACUUGUGAACCGAUUUUGGGAACUGGAAGAGGUACCACGCCUUACAUGUAUGUCCAAAGAAGACCAACAGUGUGAAGAGCACUUCAUUGAGACAUUUACUCGAGACGGCUCUGGUCGUUACACUGUAAGACUUCCUUUUGUUAAAGAACCACUGCUAGUGAACAAUUCUUACCAGCUCGCUGUUCAACGCUUGAAGAAAGUCGAGAGAAAUCUGCAGACCAAACCUGCCUUACACCAACUCUAUAAGAUCAUUAUGCAACACCUGUGGAAGAACAAGUUGGAUUGGGACGACCAGCUGCUUGACACACUGAUAAAAUGGUGGUCGGAUCAUCGAUUUUCCUACAGUGCUCUUCGCUCCUUUGAAUUGCCACGGCAUUGCAAUGACGAACACACUCAGGUAACCACAUAUAGUCUGCACGGUUAA